GCCGCGUCGCCGCAACUGAAAGAUGGCCGGGUUGGCGCGAGCUGCGGGCGUUGGCGAAUGGAUAGUGGCCGCAGGCGAGAAAUAAAGCCAGUGUGAGCUAAGAGGUUUCAUCGGCGAUCGGUGUCAGCCGUCAGACCUGGAUGAGAAAUCCCCCGGGCCCGCGUUUGCAGCUAACGGCAAAAAGGCCGCGGGCCUCAGGCGGUAACAGACACCUGCAAGCAUUGCCAGUACCAAGUUGCUUGUAAUAAUGAUGAUGAUGUUUGACCUUCUUGAACCAUUGCAGUCGUGUGGCGGAGGUGCUCCCACAGUGUUGUUUGUUUGAAUAUUAGGAGGGGAGGACGUGCAGUUGGGAAACCCAAGUCGAACACCACAUCCGAGUGUGCGAUUUAUCGAGGCCCGAGAUUUUGACCAUGGAAGGAGAAAGCACUGUACAGAGUGGGGAGAGACCAUACACGUGUUCCGUGUGUGGGCAAGGCUUCAGCCGAGCAUCUGGCUUGUCAGAACACAAAUGGAGUCACAACGGAGGAAAGCCGUGGAAAUGUGAGGACUGUGGGAAGGGAUUCAUUUCCCCGUCGAAGCUGGAAGCUCAUCGGCGCACUCACACCGGGGAGAGGCCGUUCCCCUGCUCCGUCUGUGACAAGAGAUUCGCCCUGCCCGCUGACUUGCUGAGACACCAACGUGUUCACACCGACGAAAGACCUUUCCAGUGCCCGGACUGCACCAAGUGCUACAAAAGCUCCGGGGAGCUGAUGCGCCACCAACGCGUUCACACGGACGAGAGACCGUUCCGGUGCUCUCUGUGCGGCUCCGGGUUCCGGACCUCUCCGGACCUCACUGUCCACCAGCGCGUCCACACCGGGGAGAGGCCGUUCACGUGCUCCCUGUGCGGGAAGGGAUUCACUCAGUCCUCCAGCCUGAUGACACACUACCGCGUUCACACUGGGGAAAAGCCGUUCAUCUGCUCCAUGUGCGGGAAGGGCUUCACCUCCUCGUUCAACCUGCUGACGCACCAGCGGGUUCACACCGAGGAGUCCCCGUUCAGGUGCUCCCCCUGCGGGAUUCGCUUCAAGCACUCCUCCCAACUCGCUGCACACCAGAGACUUCACAGCGGGGAGAGGCCGUUCACCUGCUCCAAGUGCGGGAAGGGGUUCACUCAGUCGUACAACCUGCUGAUCCACCAGCGGGUUCACACCGGGGAGAGGCCGUUCACCUGCGCCAAGUGUGGCAAGGGGUUCACGUGUUCGUCCCACCUGCUGAGGCACCAGCGGGUUCACAAGUGAUGUGGAUGUUGCUAAAUCGCACACUUAGAGGGGACGUAAGAGUAUUGGAUACGUCUUUCAAGUUAAUAACACACUGGCGCCAGGUAGGAUGUGCCUGAGAACACUGAUGGAAGUGAGAGUGGAAGGUGUGGCCAUAAAUUUUCAACCUUCCUUCCAUGGUGUUUAGAUUAGAUUAGAUUACUUACAGUGUGGAAACAGGCCCUUCGGCCCAACAAGUCCACGCCGACCCGCCGAAGCGCAACCCGCCCAUACCCCCACAUUUACCCCUUACCUAACACUACGGGCAAUUUAGCACGGCCAAUUCACCUGACCCGCACAUCUUUGGA